AUGCCGCCUCGGACGAGGAAGAAUGCUAACGAUUUGAAGAGGAAAGUUAAGGUCGUCACCGAACAACAUGUCAUUGACAAGCCUUCUCCAGUGGAGGAGUUUCCUAUGAGAGAAUGGAGUCUGAAAUUGCACCUGUUGGACGAAGAAGGCAACGAGCGACCUGCCGACGUGUUUACCAAGGUCGUCUACAACUUGCACCCGACCUUUGAGAAUCCCACCCAAACCUUUACCAAACCCCCAUUCCUCUGUAGCAACGAAGGGUGGGGUGAGUUUGAAAUAAGCAUCGAUUGCUACACGACUGAGAAGACGAAACUGGCUCCUAUUAUCCACGACUUGAACUUCCUGCAGGAGAGGUACGAGGCCACACACACAGUGACCUUCAAGAACCCAUCGCAAGCUUUGCAGGAAAGAUUGCGCGAAACUGGCCCGCUACCCAACGACGAUGAGCGCCAAAAGAAGAAGAGCGUCGCAAGCAAGAAGGGCGGUCAAAAAUACGACUAUGAGAAGAUUGCUGAGGCACUGGAAAAGCUCGACGAGGAGGAUUUGCUGCGCGUCAUUCAGCUCAUUAAUGAGAACAAGGGACCGGAUACCUACAUACGGAGUGAUGUUGAAGCCGGAGAGUUUUCUAUUGACUUGUAUACAAUGCCGGAUUUGCUGACAACAAAAUUGUGGGAACAUCUGUCAAAGAAGGGACUGGUUAAUUAA